GAUAUGUAGAUAAAGGUCCUUGAUUGACUACUGGUGUGCACUGUAGGCUGUAUUUAUGUCGGGACCAAGCGGAACCUUCGACUACCGAACGUUUGUAUCUACCCGGACACAUUAUAUGCGCCCCCGGCGACGUUCACUGGUCGUUCCGCAGCAUGUUUACAGUUUCUUCAUGCUAAUAUCGAGCCCAUCAGUGUAAUUGCAGGUGUUCAAGCUAAUCACCUGUUUCGUAUUGUUAACAGUUGUCUUUCCGCUGUCCCGCACGUGGGGUGCAGGUCAUUUGAAAGAUGUCUCGUGCGGGUUUGAGCUGCCCGGGCUGCGGCUCCUCAAACGUUGUGGAUGAUGAUCUGUACUGUCAGGCCCAGCUGGUGUGCGUGGACUGCGGAUUUGUGGUGUCCGAAGGAACUCUGGCCUGUGAAAGCCAGUACGUCGGAGGUUCAGAUGUCAGCUACAGCCGAACCACAGCUGAGGCCAAGAGGCCAUGUAUGAACCUGAUAAAUGGUGUUCAACGUGUGAAAGCCAUUUGUCGGAUUCUCCGGGUCAACAGUGAGAUCGAGAAGCUGUCCCUGACCUAUUUCAACCAGGCUUAUCGGCACGAAAGUUUCAUAAGAGUGAGCCUGCGGAAGAAGGAGGCUCUGGCCGGCUGCUGUGUGCUCGUAAGCUGCAGAUUGCGUAAUUGGCCCAUAACCAUGGGAACCAUCAGCUGCCUGACGGACACCGACCCGAUGGCGGUGGGAACGAUUUACCAAGAGAUGCUCAAGAUUCUCAACAUCGAGGCUCCGAGCUUCAACGUCAUUGAUGUGAUGGAGGCCUACAGUCACGAGUACAAAAUUAGCUCGCUUCACGUUCCUGAAGAACUGGCUGAGAACCACAAGGACUUGACCAAACGCGCCGUGGAGCUGGUGGAGCUGUCGGCAGAUGCCUGGAUUGUGACUGGCCGUAGACCCGUCCCCGUCAUGAUGGCCGCCAUCUAUCUGUCAUGGCAGUCCUUGAAACCCAACAAGCACCGCUUGAAGUUAAAUCUGGACAAAUUCUGUCGGCUUGCCAAAGUGAAUAAGCACCAGCCUGCUUUGAAGAGGAUAACGGAGAUGAAGGAGGUGCUGUGUAAGCUGGGUAAGGAGAUUCCCUGGGUCCGGGAUGCGGUGACGCCAGAGAAUGUUGUCCAUCAGGUGGAGGAUAUUCUGACACACAGGUACGCGCUGCUCAGGAGGGCUCUCAGAACCCAAGAGGACGCCCUGCUGGAAGACAGUCAGGCCAGCUGUGAGGAGGCCGCUCCCUCCCAAACCUCUGAGCUCGUGGAUCACAAUCCAAAUGCAUCGUCUGCGGAACAAUGUGGACUGAAUGCUGAAAGGACUCGGCGACCGGGAGACGAUGACGCAUGCGUGGUGGAGGAGCUGCACAGAGACACUCUGAAGAGCCAAGAUCCAGCACCAAACUGGGGGAAGAGAGUGCUGUUUGCUCCCCCGUGUGUGAUCCACGCCAAGAAAAGGAGAAUGGAGCAGCCCGAGCUCAAGGAUGUUACCGGAGACGAAGAAAUCUCUGACAGUGAAAUUGACUCGUACAUCCGCACUCCUCGGGAAGCUCGGGAGUUUGCUCUGACGCAGAAGAUGCUUUCUUGAGUGACGAAUCAUUACCCGCUGUGCCUCAAGACCGGAUGGUUCAAUUUUCAUAAGAUUUGGUUUCGUGAUAAGAGAUGCUGCAACCUUUUUGUAUGUAGUUUCAUGCAGUAAAUGAUCCUACGUGUUUUUCUUUUUGCUGCUUAUACUUGGUUCACUAUUGAAUAAAGUUGUUAAAGUCAUUAACAAAAAUUGAAAUAUGAAGUGUGAAGAUCUCCACUUAAACUGCAAAAUGCUUUUCUUUUAAAGGAAAUAUAUAAUGGAGUUUAAAUAAAUUUUUUUGUUUUGCACAUUGUCCACAUCACUUAUGAAAGUGCCCGACAUGAAAGUAUUUACCUGGUUUAAAAUGUGGGAUGUUGGGGUCAUGUAUUGGUUUUGCAUAAUUAGACCAACUUUGUAUAUAAUUGGGCUUGCUCUAAGAGAUUUAACAUGUCACCGUAGGGAAAUAAAGACGUCUGCUGCGUAAAAGGUCUAUUAUGCCGAGCCUCGGACGAAGCCUUCAUUUAAUGUGUUGGUUGAAUAUCUACAAUGAGUACUUUCAUAACGCCUACAGAGGUUUUUAAGGUGUUACUACUCCAUUACACCAGCAUGACAUUCUGAAUAUUAGCUGCGACUGAUAACACUGUUAAAAUCCAUCUUUUCAUUGCCAGAGUAUGUGAUGUAAUUGUCAAAUAUUUCAAAGAAGAGAGCCUCUUGAAUCGCAGCAGCCCCUGGGAUUUAUUCAAUUCAAUUUAUUAUUUCGUUUUUGCAAGCGCUGAGCUCUUUUGGAAUAUAAUCUAGAAUACUAGUUAAUGAUUCAAUUCAGCCUCUUUAUAUAUAGAGGAUAUUAUACGCAUUCAGGCCCAUAUAAAAUACUACAACUCACCUAAUCUCUCACUUUUUGAUCAGAAAUUCAAAUGUGUUGAAUGGAAACAGAAUUGGGUUUAUUUCACGGAAGAACGACUGCAGAAUUUAAAUCAUUAGACUGCAGGAAAUUUACAUCGUUGUUGGCAAGCACCAAGCAUGCUGAAACGAUCAAUAAAUUCUCACAUUGUUUCAAUGUCCUAAACGGGUGUAGUUGAUAUGCAUGAAACACUUCUGUCCUCCCUGUUAUUUAAUUAGUAAAUUCAGCAACCACCCCCAAGUUAGAUAGACUUUAAUUUCAUUACGCAGUCACAUUGAUCUGAAGCAGAGAGGUCAUUCCAUCUCUGUAUUUAAUUUACCACAGUGUGUUGUUAGAACAGGCAACAGAUCAGAGAACAUACAUGUUAUGAACGUUACAUCACAAAUCCUAUACACAGUUUACACAGGAAGUUACAAGACAAUACGCCGUAAAACGUGUGUGCACCCAAAAAAAAUGUAAUCACAGAGUCCCUUCAUGCAAUCAGUGGUUGAUUUGAAAAGAGCAAAAGUAAAGGCACAUGUGUUUUACAUUCUGCUGCGGUGGAGGUCAAAUAAUGACAGUAGCACUUGAAACUUGUUGAUUUUGUCGAGUUAUCACUGCUGCAAAGAUAAAUCUGUCUGCAGGAAGGAGACACGUGUAUACAGAAUAGGUGACUUGACGGCUAUAAUGGCAACUAAAUAAUGGAAGUGAAAAUAAAAAUCAAUCUUGCUGAUUUUGCAUAAAAUCUCAAGAAGCAAUAGAAACGUAAGCAGAGGACACAAAGCAACACAGAGCCAACCACCACACAAUGAUUUUCUUUUCUUUUUUUACAGCUAUUAUACACUGCUAUCAGAAAUAAUUUAAUGAAUUAUAAUGCUGAGGUGCAUAUUUAUCCACUACAGGCUUUAAGAAAAUGAAUGCCCAGGGGAACAGGCUAAUGAAUGUAAUUCAUUCCACAGAAAGGAGCGCCACACCAUUAGUGGAAACAACCACAUCUGCAGUUACCAUUCCCAAACACAAUUUGAACUGGCACAGCUUGUAUUCAUAUCCAAUACAGCUACACUUUGUUCAACAUGCUUAACCGCUAUCUAGCUUUUUUUAAAGGUAAUUUUAAAAAAAGUAUCCUCAUUCAUUUGUUAAUUAAAGGAAAUGCUUAAGACCUCGUCUCUUCUUUCUCAGUUUUAUUGGCACAAUUUGUGAAUGUUUAAUUAGCUACUGAGAGAACUACAUUUGUAUAAACUGGUAUCUUUUGGCCAGGCUGUUUUUUUUUAUAAUAAUCUAACAGAUUAACGGCCUGGUUUUCCUGAAAUCUGCUGUUGAUAUUAAUUGUCCCCAGAGGAUAAGUCAGAAUGUUACAAGUGACCCUUUAUUUCGUGACAACAUGCUUAUAUUGAUGAAAUUGGCAGAUUGCCAUGGAUUUUACUGGGCAUCGGGCACUCUCAUGGAUUCUGAGGAGAUGAACCCU